GUUUCGCGGCAGCUGGAGCACAGCCUGGUGGUGCACCUGCAUGACCGCCAUGAUGAGGCCCUUGCGCAGGCUACACGUCGCCUGGCAUCCCGCCUCGGGAGGAAGAGGCCGAAUCUUAGUCGCAUUCUGACGCAGCUGGUGGAGGCGGCGCCGCCUCCAUCGCCAGCUACACCACACGAGAGCUUGCAUCAGCCACCAAGGCGUGCUGGCCUGUCCUCAUUACUGCUGCCCAGCGUGGGUGCACGGCUACCCGAGCCGGAUCAGGAACAAGAUGACACGGCUGCGGUCGCGGCUCAGCGCCUGGACCGAGCCUUGCGCAGGUCCGGGUUGGUGCCCGCAGCUUGCCCCCUCGCCGAUGCAGCUGCCAUGUUCGACCUUGAUGAUGUGCAGGUACCUAUGGCCUUCGUUUUGGACGAUGCACGCAGCUACAUGUACCCUGCAGACGGGGCCGAAG